AUGUUCCUGACUGCCCUUUGCUUCACAUACUUCGCAAAAGCAUUUUCAGGGAGUUACAUGAAAAGUUCCAUUACGCAGAUUGAGCGUCGUUUUGACCUCUCCUCCUCCACAGUCGGUAUGGUGGAUGGAAGUUUUGAGAUUGGAAAUUUACUGGUGAUCGCCUUCGUCAGCUAUUUUGGGGCCAAGCUGCACCGACCGCGGAUCAUCGCAAUAGGCUGUCUUGUGAUGUCAGUGGGGAGUUUCCUCACUGCCAUGCCGCACUUCUUCAUGGGACCGUAUAAAUAUGAAUCGGUAAGGGCUCAUCCCGCAUCGUCACUCAGCAAUUUCACAGGAAGCGUUUCACCGUGUAUGUCCAAUCAGAUACCUCUCUCACCCCCGAAUGUCGAUUGUGCCAAGGAAACCAACUACAUGUGGGUGUACAUCUUAAUUGGGAACAUGCUGCGUGGAAUUGGAGAGACUCCCAUUACCCCGCUGGGAAUUUCAUACAUUGAUGAUUUUGCUGGAACUGAAAACACAGCUCUCUAUUUGUCUUUUCUUCAUGCAGUGGGCCUGUUUGGGCCGAUGAUCGGGUUCACAUUGGGUUCCUUCUUUGCCAAACUCUACGUUGAUGUUGGCUUUGUGGAUAUGGAUGAAGUGACCAUCUCCCCGCAGGACACACGCUGGGUGGGUGCCUGGUGGAUGGGAUUCUUGGUUGCGGGGAUAGUCAGUCUGCUGGCGGCCAUUCCUUUUUUCUUUCUGCCAAAGAGUAUGAAGAGGCCAGAGGGACAGAAAUCUCCUGACAUACUGACAUUUAAAGACAAGGAAAGGCUAGAGCCUCAGAAAAAGGCAACAAUGAAAGCCUUCCUUCUAGGAUUCAUCCAGGCACUGAAAAAGCUGGCGUGUAACCAUCUAUAUAUCCUGCUGAUGGCCAUGACAUUGCUGCAAGUGAACAGCUUCAUUGGCUUCAUAACGUACAAACCGAAAUACAUGGAGCAGCAGUAUGGACUGUCCAUCUCCAGAUCUAAUUUCAUCACUGGUGUAUCCACUUUACCAGCAGCCGCAACCGGCAUGUUCCUUGGAGGACUGAUCAUGAAGAAGUACAAAUUCGGUUUACUAUCGGCAUCUAAAAUGGCGUUUGUCGCAUCAUUUGUUGCCUUCAUUCUGUCUCUCUCUGUGUUUAUCAUUGGUUGUGAGAACCGUGAGGUUGCUGGGAUCACUGUGACUUAUAAUGGGAGUAAAGUGGAUACAUUUCAUGAGAGUAGCCUUUUCUCUUCUUGUAACUCGGAGUGCCACUGUUCGUCCAGCCGGUGGGAUCCAGUGUGUGGGGAGAAUAAAAUAACGUACAUGUCGGCAUGUUUGGCUGGUUGCACAUCAUCCUUGGGGGCAGGAAAGUCCAUUGUAAGUUUCAACCAGUUCCCAUAA